AAAAGUACAAAUACCUACCGAGUACUAGUCGUUUCUAGAAAAUUCGCCAACUUUCCUACCUUUUCCCAUCUUCCCUUCGAGCAAAUAUAUUAUUCAACCUACUACUUCCAAUUAUCACACAGAAAGCACUAUCUGUUCUCGAUCACCGAUUGAAUCCAUAAUAUUGUGGCUCUGAAUCAGAUGUCUCCGUACGACGGCGUCGUGAUCGGAAAAUUGAAACUGAAAGGAAAGCCAAUGAAUGUCAAAGAUGGUGGGAUAAAUAAGAAGAAGAAGAAGAAACACGACAACAGUUACCAUUACUCGUCAGAGUUUAAUUCAGGUAGCAUGAACGAGGGUGACAAGUAUGAGGGCAAGGGAAACCGUGCAUCUUUUGAUGAUCACCUAACUCCAGCUGAGAGAAGAUUUCUCCAACAGACAGAGAAACUUGAACUUCAAAGGCUAGCAAAGAUGGCGAGCAGAUCUCAUCGAGAUAGGAUUCAGCAGUUCAAUCAAUAUCUGGCUAAUCUUAGUGAACAUUAUGAUAUUCCAAAAGUGGGGCCUGGCUAACAAAACAUUUGGAUUCAUUUGUUUCCUUGUUUUUAAAAGUUUCAUUGUUAUAAGGUUGGUUGUAGUAGCUGGUAUCUGGUUUGGUUUUCCUUGGUCUGGUGUGGUUGUAAUAGCAAUGCUCCUAUUGGAACUAUCAAGAGUUGCAUUCAUCUUGAUUUUUUUUC